UCCAGAGCCUCCUUUUCUCUCCUCUUUCUCUCUUUGGUGUACAGCCCGGAGGACGGAGGUGGAGCAGCUUGGAGCAGCACUUUUACUUCUUCUUAUUUUUCUUAUUUAUUCUUUUUUUUGUUUGUUUUGUUCUUCUUCUGGGAGCCUUGCCACCCGGCAUGGAGGAUGUAACACCCCCGCAGACCGUGCACCGGUCCUCCUCCUUCAGCAUUAAAAGCCUCCUGCUGCCCUCCAAGUGCGACCGGAGCGACUCUGCCCCCGCCGCCGCGGUCCUGGGGCUCCCCGGGACCCUGUCCCCCUCCCCGGGCUCCGACUCGGACAAGUCGUCGGGCCCGCUGGAGGUGGACUCCACCGCCGCGGUCCUGGACCCGGAGAAAGCGAGCAAAGAGGAGCAGGGAGCAGAGGAGGAGGAGGACGGAGGUGGGACGGACCCGCAGGCGGCACCGGAGCAGACGAACGGCACCGGCGGGAGUAAAACGGGUAAAUACGACAAGCCCCCCUUCAGCUACAACGCGCUCAUCAUGAUGGCGAUCCGCCAGAGCCCGGAGAAGAGGCUCACCCUGAACGGGAUCUACGAGUUCAUCAUGAAGAACUUCCCGUACUACCGGGAGCACAAGCAGGGCUGGCAGAACUCCAUCCGCCACAACCUCAGCCUCAAUAAGUGCUUCGUGAAGGUCCCGCGUCACUACGACGACCCGGGCAAGGGCAACUACUGGAUGCUGGACCCGAGCAGCGACGACGUGUUCAUCGGGGGGACCACCGGGAAGCUGCGCCGGCGCUCCGCCACCUCCCGGGGGAAGCUGGCCAUGAAGCGCGGCCUGCGCUUCGCCCCGCUCGGCCUGGAGAGGUCCAACAACCCGCUGUACUGGCAGAUCUCCCCCUUCCUGUCCCUCCACCACCACCACCACCACCACCCGCACUACAACGGCUCCUCGCCCGCCUUCCUGAACCAGGCGGCGGGCUACGGCUCGCUGCUGCCUGCCGUGGAGCCGCUGAGCAACGGGGACCUGGGGCGCUCCAUCCUCGGAGGCUCGGCGGGGGGGCCGCUGGGGCUGACGAACACUUACGGGAUGAGCUCGUCUCCUGUGGGGCUGCUGUCCGGACAGACUGGGGGCUACUUUGUCUCAGGGAGCCAGCACGCGGCGGCAGCGACGGGGUCGCCCGGGGGAGGCCCGCCGCCCCCGCACCUCCCGCAGGGAGCACCGGGGGGCUUCAGCUCUCCUCCGUCCCUGCUGUCGGACUCCCUCAGAAACACCUCCCUACCGGCCUUCUCUCCGGGGGUGUCCGCGGGGUUCCCCGGGGUGCUGUCCCAUCAAAAGAGGGUGACCCCGAACGCCUUCCUAAACUGACCCCCCCACACACACAACUCACCCCCUCCUCUCCGUGGACGGAGAGAACGAACAAAGGGCAAAUAAAAGUGGUAAUUAUCAAACGCUGAACUAAAAUCAAAGUAUAUGAAAAGUGAAACUUUAAGGCCAU